AUGUUGAGAAUUAUGAGGAAAUUUUUGGUGAAUGCGUUGUGCAGUAAGCAUGUAUAUUUCAGGAACACAAAAAUGAGAGUCAUAAGUUUGACGGAGCAAAACUGCAGUCGAAGGAGCUACAGUUCUCUACCAGGAGAUGUUAAGUCUCUGCGCUCUGUCAUUAAUCCUCAUAUAUCCAGAAUCCGAAACAUUGGCAUUAUGGCCCACAUUGAUGCAGGGAAAACUACGACAACUGAGAGGAUGCUCUAUUAUUCUGGAUACAUAAGAACACUUGGAGAUGUUGAUGAUGGGGACACGGUGACGGAUUUUAUGGUGCAGGAGCGGGAACGUGGUAUUACCAUUCAGUCUGCUGCUGUCACGUUUGACUGGAAGGACUACAGAAUCAAUCUGAUUGACACCCCAGGUCAUGUGGACUUUACCGUGGAAGUUGAGCGUUGCUUGAGAGUCCUGGAUGGAGCAGUAGCGGUGUUUGAUGCUUCAGCUGGUGUUGAGGCCCAAACUCUGACAGUGUGGAGACAAGCAGACAAGCAUCAGAUACCACGAAUUUGCUUUUUGAACAAGAUGGACAAAAUCAAGGCAAGUUUUACAUAUGCGGUUGAGAGUAUCCAACAAAAGUUGAAGACAAAACCUUUGCUUUUACAGUUGCCCAUUGGGGAAGCCAAGACCUUCAGAGGAUUGGUUGAUGUUGUGACUAAGGAGCAAAUAAUUUGGAAACCUACUUCUGGUUUGGAUGAUGGAAAAAAUUUUGAGCAAAAGCCGCUGCUGGAGGCUGAUGAUCCCAGCCUGUUCCAAGAAGUCCAGGAUGCCAGAAAUACCUUAAUAGAACAAGUUGCUGAUCUGGAUGAUGAAUUUGCUGAACUGGUUCUAGGAAAAUACAGUGAAAAUUUUGACUUAAUACCACCUGACAAGUUACGCUCUGCUAUCCGCAGAAUCACGCUAGCUCAGAAAGCAGUACCUGUGCUGUGUGGCAGCGCACUGAGGAACAAGGGAGUGCAGCCGUUACUGGAUGCUAUUACCAUGUACUUGCCUGCACCCAAUGAGCGUUCAUAUGAGUUUCUACAAUGGUACAAGGAUGACCUGUGUGCCCUAGCAUUUAAAGUUCUCCAUGAUAAAUGUCGUGGACCCCUAGUGUUCGUUCGUGUUUACUCAGGUUCACUGAAACCUCAGUCAGCUGUAUAUAAUAUUAACAAAAGUUGCACGGAGAGAAUGAGCCGGUUACUCCUGCCUUUUGCAGAUCAGCAAAUUGAAAUACCAUCGCUGAUGCCUGGCAACAUUGCCCUUACUGUUGGGUUAAAGCAGAGUGCCACUGGAGAUACCAUUGUGUCAUCAAAGGCUUCAGCAGUAGCUGCAGCACGCCGAGCUGGAAGGGAUGCUGGGGGAGAGAAGUCUGCCAGUGAUGUAGAGAGCCUCCUGCUGGCAGGCGUUGAGAUCCCUGACCCUGUCUUCUUCUGUACAAUUGAACCUCCUUCGAUGGCCAAACAACCAGACUUGGAUAACGCAUUGAGCUGCCUUCAGCGUGAAGAUCCAAGUUUAAAAGUGAAGCUAGAUCCUGACACAGGACAAACCAUUCUUUGUGGCAUGGGAGAACUACACAUAGAGAUCAUUCAUGACCGAAUCAAACGUGAAUAUGGAAUUGAGACUUACUUGGGACCUCUUCAGAUAGCAUACAGAGAAACCGUCCUAAAUGCUGCCCAAGCUACAGAUGUAUUGGACAAAACAGUAGGAGAUAAACGACACUUUGUAACCACAGAGUUGGAGGUGAGGCCCAGGUUAGGGGAGAGAGCAACAACAAAACCUGUCAUUGAGUAUGCCGAGCGUGUCAUUGAGGUGCUGCCCAAAGAACUCCAAGGUGCCAUAGAAAAUGGAAUUGCGAAUUCAUGUGUUCAAGGACCCUUGCUUGGAUUCCCAGUUCAGGAUGUAGAUGUGACAGUGCAAUCACUGACGGUGUAUCCUGACACCUCCCACACGAUGGUAUCAGCCUGUGUCUCCCGUUGCAUGCAAAAGGCUUUGAAAAAAGCUGGUAUACAAAUACUGGAGCCCCUGAUGAACCUAGAAAUAACAGUAAGUGAAGAUCAUCUCAGUGCAGCACUUGCUGACCUUGCACAGCGGAGAGGUAGUAUUAAGGAAAUCCAGAGUCGUCAAGAUAACAGAGUUGUGGUUGCUGCUGUUCCAUUAGCAGAAACAAGGGGCUACUCAACAGUUUUGCGUUCCCUGACGUCAGGCUCAGCAACCUUUACCUUGGAGCUUGCCAGUUACCAAGCCCUGAACAGUCAAGAGCAAAGUGUGCUUCUUCAGAGAAGGAUGGGGUUGGUCUGA